AUGUUCGAACCUAAAAUCACACAACCUGAUAACGGUAAAAUGCUGGAUGGUCCGAAAGAUGUACGAGAAAACCUGAAGAGUUAUAAGGACUCCGUUGAAAAAGAGACAACAAUAUCCCGGCCAAUAAGAUCCCCUUUAUUGCUAGACGUUGGUGUAUUAUUUGAGAAUGGAACUACGACGCACUAUCCAAACACAGUCUACACCAAUGCGGUUGAAAACGAUAUUCAAUCAAAUUCGCUCCCUGAAGAGAGUGGUAAACUUAAACAAAGUCGGCAGCUUGUAGUAACAAAAUCCGCAACUAUCUUCACGUCACCCGGCCACGAGAAAACCCUCAAUAACACGGCAUCGUCUAUGGAGCUAACUGCAAACGUAGUGAGAGAUUUGACCAGUGAACAGGCGACACCAAUGAUCCCGAUAACUGCCCUGCCACGGUACUCGGUCACAUACACGGGGACAACGAAAGCAGAUAACAUUACUACUAACAGCAUCUCAAAGUUGACAACUAGCCUGAUCAAGACCGGAAACUUGACAGCUAUCUCCUCCACACCUGAAAAUGGUGGAACUAACCUUGAUGAGAGUUCAUUCAAGCCAUUAACACACUUGUGGACCAAUUCCAUUGACGCCAAAUCAUAUCGUUUGGUGAAUCUUAACCGGCGAUCCCAAAAAAUAUCUCCAAACGUUAAUUUGGUGACUUCAACAACCUUUCGUCCACCAAGAGGUAGAAAACCAAGGAAUUUGAAGAAAGCACAGUGGAGCAAAACAUUUCAAACUUCUAGUCGCACCAAAACCGCUCUAGAAAAAAGUCAAGACACGAGACAAGAUGAAAAUGUGUUCCUCAGACCACGCACUGGCAAUCCAACUUUAUCUCUGACGAGAAAAAGUGAAUUAGGCUUGCUACCCAUCCCUCGGGUAGUGGACACUGACACAACUAAAAAAGUGCCAAAGAAGAUUAACCCUCAAGAAUAUGAUUAUGACGUGGAAGUUGAUCGAGAUGCGGAAUGGCAUGAGGCUGGCCAAAAAGCAGAGGAGGAUGAAAAUGACUGCAAAUAUAUUUGUGACGGAACCAAGCGCAUGAGGGCAAGUGCAGAUUUUACAGUUAAAACCGCGAUAUUUCAGACCGGUGCUCCUGCGCUUCAAACUACAAUAUUGCAACCAGAGAACUCAGUAAGCAGUCAGGUGACAACUACAGAACCAGCAGAGAGCAGCUCUGCAAAAGGCUACAAUCUGGGAGGUACUGACAAAAUAUCUGGUUCUGAAAAACUGGUGAAUUUACCAAUUGGGAAGGAACCAGAAACCAAUACUCCCAGAAAAUAUGACCCUGAUGAGCCCAGGCUAGUAGAUGUGCAAAAGUAUCCGCACAAAUAUGAGAAAAAUGAAAUUCAGAAGAUCGAAAUUACCAAGAAAAGGGUGCUUUACGGAAAAUUUUUGCGAUAUUUUUCAAGCAGACUGAAGAAACAUUAG